CAAAAAACCGAAAAACUCCAUUUUACUGAAUAAUAAACACAGGGAAAGAUUCAUUUAAUUCUUUCUCCAAAGGAAUUCCAGUCUUUCUUCUGUUUUGUUUUCUCCUUUUCUCUCUCUGAUUGUCUCGGCCCUGCAACUCUUCAUCAAACCGUUGAUUCUUUGCAGGUUUAAAGUUGAACGGGUGUUACUAAUUUGGUACUUUGAGCUAGUGGGUUUAAUGGCUCAUGCUUAGUUUUUGCUUGAAGGAAAUGUUUAUGGUGGUUCUUUGACAUUGUUUUUGGAGUUGGUUGCGUGAGAAGGCUGUUUAUUCUUUACCCUAUUGUACUGUUAAAGAAUAAAUCAAGAGAUUUUGAAGUCAGCUCCCGUAAAGAUUGGUUUUUUACCAUGUAAUAUAUAGCUUGUGCUGAUAUUUUUUAGCAGCUAAUUGGGGUCCUUUGAAUAGUCUGAAUUGUAGUGCUUAUUCCUUAGUUGGGUAGUUUGUAUAGGUAUCAAAUUGGGUCAAGCCUGGCGUACAGAUUUCUCAAUUCACAUUGAGCUCACCAAUAAGGAGAAUUUUGCGAGCUAAAAAUCUUGUUGGAUUGAACCAUUAUCACUGAGUCAAAUAUGGUUGAAUCAAUGGCUGCAACAUCUCUUCUGGGGCACAGGCCAUUUUUUAGAGGGACUUUUGUAAAGGAUGUGACUAAUAAGCGGAAAUCUACAUAUAACUAUCGGCUUCUGAUAACAGAGUUCCUUGGAAGAAGGGUAAUUGCAUCCCCUCAUUUGCCAAGGUUGAAAGUUGAUCGUUUAGCAGUUUCAUCAAUUAAGGCUCUUGCUAUGGAGUUGACGAAAGAAGUGCACUCAUACAAGGAAGAGAGAAUUCCACAAAAUUGGAAUUAUCAGAUCGAUACUGGUAUAAAUGAAAAGCCUGUUGUGUGGCCACCUGAGAAUAAAGCAGAUAAUCCAUCACUUCAAAAUCCCUUACUUCGACAAGAAAGGAUGGGUUGCGGUUGGUUAGGUGCCAUAUUUGAGUGGGAAGGAGUUUUGAUUGAAGAAAAUCCUGAUCUUGAGAGGCAAGCAUGGCUUGUUCUUUCUCAAGAAGAAGGAAAAUCUCCUCCGCCAGCAUUCAUACUUAAAAGAAUAGAAGGGAUGAAGAACGAACAGGCUAUUUCUGAGGUUCUGUGCUGGUCUAGAGAUCCUUCUCAGGUGAGAAGAAUGGCUGCUAGAAAGGAAGAAAUUUACCAGGCUUUGCAAGGUGGAAUAUAUAGAUUACGGGCCGGAUCAAAAGAAUUUGUGAAUGUCUUGAUGCAUUACAAGAUACCAAUGGCUUUGGUUUCUACACGUCCUAGAAAAACUCUUGAGACUGCCAUUGGAAGCAUUGGUAUUGAUGAAUACUUCAAUGUGAUUGUAGCUGCAGAGGAUGCACACAGGGGAAAGCCUGAUCCCGAAAUGUUUGUCUACGCAGCACAGCUUUUAAAAUUCAUACCUGAGCGGUGCAUUGUAUUUGGUAACUCAAAUCAAACAGUGGAGGCUGCCCAUGAUGCCCUGAUGAAGUGUGUGGCUGUUGCUAGCAAGCAUCCAGUAUAUGAGCUCGGGGCUGCGGACUUGGUGGUUAGAUGCCUAGAUGAGCUUUCGGUGGUUGAUUUGAAGAAUCUGGCUGCCGUUGAAUCAGCUGAAUUUGGUUCUGGAGAGCCAGUGUUGGAGCUGGAGGAAGAAUAUGACUAUCCAUCUUCAUCAACUUUGGCUGCAGUAGAUGAUAAUUUCUGGUAACCCCAUACAAUGUACAGUUUGUUAUUCAUUGCUGAUUCUUGAUCAGAAAUAGCUUUAUAUUUACAAUGCUGUGUAUACAAAGGAAAAAGGACAAAAUGCAAAGAAUAGAAAAAGGAUUACAGGUGGUCUGCAUUGGACUAACUUGAUGUUGUCAUGCAUGUAGUACUGUACGAUAUAUAAAUAUGGAUGGAACUUCCAAAAUUUACCUGCUGCUUUUU